CGCCGCAGCGCGGAGCGGACGUCGGCGGAGUGCGAGACGGAUGAUCGUUUCUCUCGUAGCGCCGGGCGCAGCUGCUAGCGGCGGUCGCGCGGGACCCGCCUGCGACUCUAGAUGUUGCGCUGCCGCCACAGACGGGCUUCUUACUGCACUCGGAAGUCCAAGUGGCGAGAAGCCGUGUAACGAGCGCCGCGAUCGACGACGCUCCCUCAUGGAAACACGCGUUUCAGUCCCGAACGGGCAGGUGACGGCCCGGCCGGAGCAGCUGCAGCGGCUGCUGUCGCUGGAGGCGGGGUCCGCGGUGGGGGCGGCGCGGCGGCCCAGCUGCCGCCCGGGGGCGGCGUCGCGGCUCAAGGUGCCGCUGCGCGCGCUGCGCCUGCUGCUGCUCGCCGUGGCGCUGCCCGCGGCGCUGGUGGCGGCGCCGCUCUACUUGCGCUACCGCAUCUACGGCGACCAGCUCUACCCGGCCGCCGCCUCCGACAUGCGCGUCAUCGACGCCCGCGUCUCCACCACCUGGUGCCAGAGGCAGCUGGUGCGUGUCAACAGGACUUUCAACGCUUUCCUGAUGCCAGAGCUGCCCCAGAUCCGAGCGCAACCAGUGCGUCUUUCCAUGGUGCGGCAUCUGGAACUCGACGAUGACUUCAAGGAGUACUGGGCCUACUACCUGCUCAAGGGUUCCUCCAUCACCGUUUCCACCUGUGCCAGAUGGCCUGGUGCCUCACUGAUUGUGAUCCGCGGACAUAAGCACCUGCACGAGUGUGCAUACAUUGGUGAUGACUCUUCAGAGGAAGAAGAGGAGCUGCUGCUACGGGAGGCAGCAGAACAGGGGGUGCCAGCAGCAGUCACCACCAGCCCCUUGUCCUUGCCCCAGGCCACCCCUGCAGGGGCACCCCAGUCCAAGGGUGAGGACAAUGAUGAGGACAGCCCUGCCAAUUCACCCAGUGUAAUGCGCAGGCUUCGUCCAGGUGUAAUUAUUCACAAGAAACCUGGUCCAAUUGCACAACAUGAACUUAUAAACCAUUCUGAUGAUGCUGAUCACCAUUAUGAACCUGAGGAGGACUUGCACAAAGUUGCUCACAAUUUAAUGCAUGCAGGUGUCAGAGUGAUUCCACCACCAAAGUCAAAGUUGAGAGCUACAACAAAUAAGCCAAAACGGUCAUCAGAGAAAUCAGCUGGCAUAUCCACUAAAGUCACAAAUGAUGAACAUAAAAUCAGGCACAACCAGGCCAGAUCUUCAACAACUAGCAUGUGGGAAAACUCACAGUCCAGUGCAGAGGUAACACCAGCCACAAGGAGCACUGCUGCAAUACAAAACGUUUCAGCAACUUCCAAUCAGCUAACAGGGGGCCAGAAUAUAAAAAAUGUUUCAACUUCCAUAACACCAUUUCUGCAUAUAGACACUAAAAUCCAGAUGUCAGUAUCCAAUGAUACUGGAGGUCAGCCAACAUCUGCAGAGAUAUUUGAAGAAGUAUUGCAUAAAAUACAACAGCUUGGACCACGUGGCCAGAAGGUAUUAAGGCAACUGAACAAGCAGCUUGGUGGCGAUGAAGAUGGAGAAAAAUUGCGUAUGGUGCUCAAACAGAUGUUAGAGAACUAUGAUAAAAAACAUGGUUCUGUGCCAACAAGUGGACAUCAGAACCCUCAAAACAGAACUCGUCGGGAAACUGCUCUUCUUACAAGUAAACUGCAUGAGAUAAUUGCAAAUGUUGUCCAUCAAAAGAAGGAAGGCUCUUUGGUCCAUACUAGCACUAGUGAGGAAAAGAUACGUUCACGACGACAUUUGAAAUUGGCUUCAGAGCUCAUUGAUGAUGAUGCAGAAGCUGAUGCUGGCAUUGAAGAAAUCGACCUGGUGCCUGAUGGCUUUGCAGAUCACCAUGCUGUAAUAAAUGAAACAGACCCACUAGACAUGUCAAAAUCAGAAUUCUGGUCAUCAUUCUCAAGCAGUGAAGAAGCAUUACUCAACUGUGCAGGGCUUGUGCUCAAUUUGCCACUCACACCAAGUAGGCUCUGCAAUGCUAGUGAAUCUGAAGAGUCUCUCAACAGAGCAGGACUGCAUAACACAUUGACUUAUAUCAUUCCAGCCACUGGUUAUUACUUCUUUGUAUUCAACAGUGAAAAUGAAGUACAAACCAACUAUAUGAGGGCAUACUUCCAACUGGAGAAGAGAGUCUACAAUGUUUCAUAUGCCCUGGAUGCUUGUGUCAAUUCAACAGAAGCUUGUUCUCUGCCACUAGACUUCUGGUCAAAUGAGAAGGUAGUCCUGGAGCUACCAGCACCUUUGAAACCAAAUGAUUCAGAAUGGAACAAUGAAUAUGUUAUUCAGUCCACCUGUGAACCUCGCACUGCCCUUUACUUGCUUUGUGUAAUAGCUGUCCCCUUGCUCAUUCUGAUUUUUGCAUUCCAGUAAAUAGCACAAUAUUUUUCUCUACAGAAUCCUGUGGGAAAUGCAGUGAUUUUAGUAUACAGGCAAUGAGUGUAUCAUCUCAACUUCCCAUAAAAAAAAUUGAGCACAGGGAACAUCUUAAGUUGUUCUACAUAACCAUUCAAUAAAUUGUCAUUUUGAGUACGUUUACUAGUAAAUGAGAAGAUAAAAUGCAUUUUAUCAUCCUCCAUACAUUGAGAAACUAUUAUUCUGUAUAGUUUUUGAAAUAUUUACUUGAUAGAAUUUAACCCAUCAACUUUAUUUUGCAUUUUACUUCACUGGCAUUUCUAUUUUAUCAUCAUAUUUCAGUCUUCAUAAAUAACUGGAAAUAUGGCAAUGAAACAGAUACCACACUUGAAUUUCUAGUUGCUCUGUUACUGUAUGAAAAGACAAUAUUAUCAUAGUGUCAAUGGCAAUUUUUUUAUUUUAAAUUAGGUACUGCCAUUGUAUCAGUAAUAAAGGUUGGACUGAUCUUUAUGUGUUUUUAUAAAACUUAUAGUUAAAUUGUUGUUGGAAACAUAAAGAAGGAGUUUUUGGCUGAGCAUUACAUAUUUCAAAAAUAUUAAAAAUUUACAGGAGAGACUACAAAUUAUUUUAAAAAAAUAAAUGUACUUUCUGUGAAAUGUAUUUGUAACAUAACUACCUUCUUUGUUAAUGUAUUGCUUUUCCCAGAAUUAUACCUAUGAGGCUAUUGAAGAAGAUAAAUUUCCUUUCAAAGGAGUAAUAGUGAAUAUUUUUAAUGAUUUUAAUAAAAGAAACCGAAGUGUAUAACAUUAAUGGAAAUCGGAUUUCUCACAUUUGAGAAGAAUGAAAUGUCAAACACAGACAUUAAUAACUAAGUACUGAAUGUCAGUCUCAUACACAGAAGAGAAUGUGCAUUUGAUGAGAUCAUGGUAAGAAUUUUUAACCUUAGAGAGAGAGAGAGAGAGAGAGAGAGAGAGAGAGAGAGAGAGAAAGAGAGAGAGAUUUUUUAAGAAAUCAGCCAUAAGCAUAAAAUCCCUCACAGAAGGAUUGAUUGAUUGAUUGACAUGUUUAUUCAUCUGUAUAACAAUACAGAUUGUAUGCAAGUUGUCAAUUGUUUCUUAUGAAGUAAAACAUACAUGGGUUCUUACAAUGUUUACAGUUCAAUUCUUACAAGUAAAAUACACUGCUGUAUAGAGAGAGAGAGAGAGAGAGAGGGAGAGAAAUUCUUUUUAAGAAGUCAGCCAUAUUCAUAAAACCGCACAGAAGGAGUAAAAUAUAUGCUGUGAGAACACACAACCUGAUAUUCAGAAAUGAUGCAAAGCUGAGAGUUAUCCAGUCACGUACAACAUCAAGCCUGUGUCAUAAAUGAUAUGUAGCCUGAAGAAACCAUAUUUCUGCUUUGACAGAUAGUCAUUGACAACCUUAAUACCACUGUUCUCCCACUCAAUCCUGCAUGAAACUGAAAUACUACAUAACUGAUCUUGUGUGCCUUGUAUUCAAUGAAUGCAUUGAUUCUCAUUUUACUCAUUUUAAAACUUUCUCACUAGAUUUUUAAAACUUCCAAAUAUCACAAUUAUUGUCAUUUUCAUUUGCAAUAAUUUCGACCUCUGUCUGUCUCUCUCUCUCUCUCUCUCUCUCUCUCUCUCUCUCUCUCUCUCUCUCUCUCUCUCUCUCUCACACACACACACAC